ACACAUCGUUCCAGAACGGCAAUGUCGUCGUCGAAUAUAACCCUCUCGUCCAACGUCCUCGGCACAAUCGGCACAGUCCUCUGGUGCAUCCAAUUGAUCCCGCAAAUCUGGCACAACUGGCGCCGCAAGAAUACAGAUGGUUUCCCUGCUGCGAUGAUGUUUCUCUGGGCAUGCUGUUCCGUUCCAAUGGGUGCAUAUCUGAUCCUGCAGGAAGUCAAUAUCCCAUUGCAGAUUCAGCCUCAGAUAUUUGGGUUUUUUGCGCUUGUCAGUUGGGGUCAGGUUCUUUAUUAUCAUCAUCAUUAUAGCAGGACCAGGGCUGUUUUGGUUUGCUCGGGGACAAUUGUUCUAUUCGGGGGUCUAGAGGCUCUGCUGAUUCUGACUUUGAGGAUCCCAUAUAACAGCGGUGUGAAAUGGCCUGAUAUCGUCGUGGGGGUUGUGGCUACCCUCUUUCUUACUGCUGGUCUGUUGCCGCCGUAUUAUGAGAUGUGGAAGAGAGAUGGGCGUGUCAUUGGCUUUAACUGGGUUUUCUUGUCCAUCGAUACAUUGGGUGGACUGUUUUCCCUCUUCGCGUUGGGUGUGAUCAAUUCGAGUCCUGAAGCAUCGACGGGGGUUAUGUAUAUUUUGGUGGUUGUCCUUGAGUCAGGGAUAUAUAUCAGCCACAUUAUAUGGCGUAUUCGUUAUCGCAAGUUGCGCAAAGAGGCAAAGACCAGGGGGAUGAGCAUUGAGGACCUACUUGACGAACACAAGGCUCAAGACACGCAUGACCUCGAAAAGGGGGUCAUCCUUGGGCAUGAGAAGGCAGAGAAUGAGACGCGAACAGACACGAAACGAACAUCAGACGAUGAACGGAUUGUUCCUAUUGAAAAAUCCUGA